AUGCAUUCAAUUCGACCAAUAACGACAAAGUACACUCGUCAUUUAGCCACGGCAGCUAAACGAAGACCUACCCCAGUGAGAAAAGUUUCCAAAAACGAAGCCAAAAAGUAUUCUUUUUAUGAUUUGGUGUUACGUACACCUUCGCACCCACGACAUCCUAUUGAGGCUCUGUUGAUGAAUGAUAGCGAGCUUAAAGAAUUGAAAAAGCACACCAAGGUCAGAUUUGAAGGUAAUUAUUCGCUUGAUCCAAACAUCAGUCCUGAGGAGCGUAUAGCUAAGGUUUUUGGUGGUAGAAUUAAAGGUGAAGAUCGUCAAGCUUCAAGUAGGAUAGAGCGUGGUGAGUCAAAAGUAAUUGCUGGAAUAACUGUGCCAUCGCGUCCUCCUGAACCGGAUAAUUGUUGCAUGAGUGGGUGUAUUAAUUGUGUCUGGGAAUUGUUCCAGGACGACUUGAAAGACUGGAAUGAGAAGAGGGAUGCUGCGGCUAAGAAACUAGUAGCUAAUGGUGGAAGAUGGCCUGAGAAUUUUUACCCACCUUUGAAAUUAUUGAAACGUGAAAAUUACCCUCCCAGUUUGGCAGAUAAGCCUGAUUCUGAAUUGACUUCCGAUAAAGUAGAGGAUACUGUACAAGAUGAAACUUGGGGUGAUGUACCAAUAACAAUUCGAGUGUUUACCGAAGUGGAAAAGAAGAUUAAAGCAAGACAUAAGCAGAGACUUGCCCAAUUGAAAAAGUCCCAAGAGGGCACCAUAGAUAGAUCAGCUCAAGAAGAGCAAAGCACAUCGACUCAACAGGAUUCCCAUGGAAAACUGUUGCAAAGCAACACUCACCAAAAGCAUUUGCAACAUGCUCAAUAA